AUGCCGACAUACCUCUGCCACGGUUUCCGCUGGCAGCGGCGGAGUGUGCGGGUGUAUGUGAUAUUGCAGAAUCUCGACGACGCAUCCCCCGAGUGGAUAAUCCCCGCCAAAAGCUCACAAUGCAUCCUCAAGUCCUUCUAUGAGGUCUUCGAGUUCCUCCCCUACUGCAGCCCUAAAAGGGGCCGCUACACUCCCACGCGGGAACUUGAUAGUGGCGACGACAACGACCACAGCCGUGUUCCCAAUUCCUCCAAUGGCUCAGCCAAAGCCCGCAGUCAGAGCCGCGGCCGUGAUCGCUCUCAAAGUCAGAGCACACAUCAAAGCCGCAGCCAGAGCCGUGCAAACCAUCAACAACCAUUACGAUCCCUUCCCGCGACUACCGACGACUCCAGCAGCGCUUCCAUCUCGGCCGAAGACGACUUCAGCGCUCAGUCCUGGUCUGCCAUCAAGCUCCUCGAGGAGUACGAUCCAAACGACUUGACUGCCGUCUCACGGCCCUACGCCUACGUGGCCGACUAUGCCGUGCGCAUCGACUUGUCCUGUUCCAUAAUCGACGAGAUCGCAAAGUACGAACAGAAGCAGCUUCAGAGCGCCCACCCUGCCGUGUCCAUCCCAUCCGGGGAGUCUCCGUCCGGGGGCCAAGGAUGGUUCGAGGACCUUCGCGAUCAACUACAACACGGCGAGGAAUUACGUUGGUAUGUAGUCGUCAAUAAUGACGAAGUUCGCGAUUGGGCGGACGAGGGAUCUGAAAGUGCAACUUCCUCCGGGCCACCGGAGCGUGGAUACCAGCAUCAGCCGGACCAAACAUACCAGCAUCCAUCUCAACAAGACUCCUCUCAUCCUUCCGAAUUUCAAUCCCAACAUCAACCUCCAGACCGCCCGAUACCGUCACGAGAGCAGAGGCAGCACCAUGCGCAGUAUAUCCACCAGCAACAUAUUUUUGAGGGCAGCGAUCGGGAAAAGGGCCAAGUGCAGGAGAAAGUGCCAAUGGAACGGGUCAGCCAGGAGGGGAAACGCGGGCGACAGCAGCAGAAGCAGCAACAACAAUUAGUGUUCGGAGAAAGCGACCAACAACGAAAACAAGACGAAGAGAAGCGACAACAGCAGUUGCUUUUCCAGAAACGAGAGCAGCAACGGAAACAAGAUGAGGAAAGGCGGCUGCAAGAGUUGGAACAGAGCCAGCGGCAACUGGAACGAGAACGGGAGGAAGAACAGCAGAGGCUAGCUUGGAGAGAAAUGGAGCUCAAAAAGGCACGCCAACGGGAGCGAGAGCGGCAGCGGCAGAGGGAGAGGGAGAAAGAGCUGGAGCGGGAACGGGAACGGGAAAGGGAAAGGGAGCGUAAGAAGGAACAGGAGAAGAACCGGCCGCGAGACCACAUCCCACCACAGACGAACGGGAUAGACACCAAUGGAGAACCACCAAGGGUACCGGAGAAAGAUUUCUUCUUCCCCCGGCCCCCGACCGCAAAAUCGAAUGCAAAUACCAAUACCACAAGUACACCACCACCACCACCACCACCACUCCGACCGAAAAUAUCCCUCGAUUUCGGGAGACCAAAAACCCCGGGAGGGAAAGGCGGCGGGUUGAGGAGGCUAUUCUCAAGGACGAAAGUGCCAAUAGACGGGCGCUUUUCGCCUUGA